CUGUGAAAUAAUGUCAUUAGAGAAAAACCAAGGGGUGUUAUGUCAUAACUUCAAAUUAUUAUUAUGUGCUAAAUAAGGUAUGUUUGUUAGCACAAUGGCAAGCUUAGUGAGGACAUCCCUAGUAAAGGUUAUCAGCCCUCAAGGAGGCAAAAUAUCAGGAUGUGCGAUUAUCCACAAGAGAACUAUUAUGGGGAAGGCCUUAAGGGAGACCCUUCCACCUCGCGACCCAAAGCCGCCACCGUUCGAUUACGUCAACAAACACUACACUUGGCUUCGCAGCCUCCUGGACCGCACAACUCAUAGAUUCGACGAGAACUCCAAAUUGAUCGUGGUCGAUGGACCCGUAGCCGUGGGGAAGACUAAGUUCGCGGCCGCUCUAGCCGAGGACCUUGGCAUGAAGCAUUUCGAGGAAGCCAAUAUGGACAUCCACUAUAUUCGUCCGAACGGUAUCGAUCUGCGAAUUUUCGACGACAAAAUUCCCGAGGAUACCAGAACCUUCGAUCACGUCAACUUUAACCGCGACCCAAACCACCGGCUGGCCGGCAACUACCAAAUAAUGAUGUAUAUAGCUAGGUACAACCAGUAUAUUGAUGCCCUGGCUCAUAUUUUCAACACCGGUCAGGGAGUGGUAUUGGAAAGGUCUCCUUUCUCUGACUUUAUAUUCUUGGAAGCUAUGUUUGCCGAGAGGUACCUCAGUAAGGGGGUAAAAUCUGUUUAUUAUGAACUGAAAGCCAAUACUAUUGGUGACAUUUUGAGACCUCACCUUGUCAUCUAUCUCGAUAUCCCAGUUGAAAAGGUGCAAGAGAAUGUGAAAACUCGUGGACUUCAACAUGAGGUACAAGGCAAGGCUCUGACACCUAAUUUCCUGAAGGAGAUUGAGCGGCAGUACAAGAACCAUUACCUGCGUGAAAUCUCCACACAUGCGGAACUGCUGGUGUACGAUUGGACUGGUGGUGGUGACGUUGAAAUUGUGGUAGAAGAUAUUGAGCGUCUGAACUUCGAGCAGUACACAGAGCGUGUGGAACCCAAGAUGAAGGACUGGCGUCUGCCGCGAGAAGUAGAUUGGGCCGAUAAGAGGAUGUUAUACACCGAUAACAAGCAUUAUCUUAUGAAUCUUUUUAAUAUCCCUCGCUUGGACGUUCCCGAACUGUGCACAACGGCUGAUGACGGUUUUGCGAGGGAACAGGUAAUUUUGUCGCAUCCAGCCUUUCAGCACGAGGUGGGCUAUAUCCAGCAAACCGGCCUGCUGUUCAAAAACUCCAUGCCCAAGUACACAGAGUAUAUCAAUUAAAUAUGAUUUGUGAAUAAACUGUUUAGAUGUUUUA